CACCACAGCACAGUGCUUGCGCUGUGAAAGGUCCAUCGCUGCCAGUUGCCAGCAGUAGCAGCUAGCAGCGAAGCGAAGUCCGAGCUCUCCACCGAGAAAAAAACCUCCCCCUCCCUCCCUCCUCAAGGCAGCAUCAGUCCCCUGCUAUAUAUAUAUAUAUAUCCUCCUCCUGUUCUUCUUCCUCGCAUCGUCGAUCGGUGAGGUCCGGCCGUCCUCGGGGGUUGUGGCGCGCGGCAAUGGGGGAGAGGAGGAGGCUUCCUGCUGGCGCAGGCGCGUGCUUGCUCGCCGUGGCGAUGGUGUUGCAGGCGGUGGUCGUUCUGGGCGACGGCGGGGGGCUUCUGGACCCGCGGGAGCUGGAGAAGUUCGUCGACGAGCUGCCGGACAUGCCGAGGCUGCGCGGGUACGGCGUCACGGACGGCGGCGCGCUCGUCGCCGGCAACCUCACCAUCGGCAUGUACGACACCACCUGGAAAUUCCACCGCGACCUCCCGGCGACGCGUGUCUUCGCCUACGGCGCCAGCAAGGAGACCGCCACGGUGCCUGGCCCCACCAUCGUGGCCAUGCGGGGCGUCCCCACGCACGUGACGUGGGCGAACCACCUCCCGGAACGCCAUUUCCUCCCGUGGGACCCCACGCUGACCACCGCCAGGGCGCCGGACGGCCGCGGCAUCCCCACGGUCGUCCACCUCCACGGCGGCGUGCAGCACUCCUCCUCCGACGGCCACUCGAUGGCCUGGUUCACCAGCGGGCUCGCCGCCACGGGCCCGACCUUCUCGCCGCCGCCGUACGCGUACCCGAACCAGCAGCCUCCGGGGAACCUGUGGUACCACGACCACGCCAUGGGCCUGACGCGCGUCAACAUCCUGGCGGGGCUCAUGGGCGCGUACCGCGUGGCCAGCCCCGCCGAGGAGGCCCCGCUGAACCUGCCGUCGGGGGAGGCGUUCGACCGGAACCUGGUGCUGUUCGACCGCGACUUCCGCGCCGCCGACGGCGCGCUGUUCAUGAACCGCACGGGCAACAACCCCGGCGUGCACCCGCAGUGGCAGCCGGAGUACUUCGGCGCCGUCGUCGUCGUCAACGGCAAGGCGUGGCCGUUCCUCCGCGUGCGCCGCCGCCGCUACCGCUUCCGCAUCCUCAACGCCAGCAACGCGCGCUUCUUCCGCCUCUCGCUCUCCGGGGGGAUCCGCUUCGUGCACGUCUCGUCCGACUCCGUGUACCUCGCCAUGCCCGUGGCGACCGACAAGUUCGUCGUGGCGCCGUCCGAGAUCGCCGACGUCGUCGUCGACUUCGCGGAGACGGCCGCCGACGCGGUGGUCCUCAGGGACGACGCCCCGGCGCCGUACCCGGGCGACCCCGGCGAGAAGGCGGAGACCGUCGCGGUGAUGAAGUUCGUGAUCGAGGGCGGCGCCACGGCGGAGCCGGAGCCGGACACCUCGACCGUGCCGGCGAAGCUGAUGCCGCACUACCCGACGCCGGACGCGCGCGAGGCGGUCACGACGCGGCGCAUCACCAUGUACGAGUACACCAAGGCCGGCACGGACGAGCCGACGCACCUGUACCUGAACGCGCACUCGUUCAUGGACCCGGUGACGGAGACGCCGAGGGAAGGCACGUCGGAGGUGUGGGAGGUGAUCAACGUCACGGAGGACAACCACCCGCUGCACGUGCACCUGGCGGUGUUCGCCGUGCUGGAGCAGCGGUCGCUGCGGCGCGUGGACGAGUUCAGGGACUGCAUGAAGCGCCGGAACGACACGCGCGCGUGCGGGCUCGCCCGCCACCUCGCCGGCGGGCGGAGGCACGUCGUGCCGCGGCAGGAGCGCGGGUGGAAGAACGUCUUCAAGGUGCGGCCCAGCGCGGUGACCAAGUUCCUCGUGCGGUUCAAGCCGCUCACAGACGCCGAGGAGAGCCGCUUCCCCUUCGACGUCACCACUGGGCCGGGCUACGUGUACCAUUGCCAUAUUUUGGACCACGAGGACAACGAGAUGAUGAGACCGAUGAAGAUUGUGCGUUGAACGGUUUUUAUUAGGGAAAAAUAUAUUUAUAUUAAUGCUUCGCCUUCGUCACGAAUUAUUUAGCAGGAAUAAUUUUUACAACUAGAAUUUUGCUCAUACACUUACACUGUCUUAUAGCUAUAUUUACACCGUCUUAUUACCAUAUUUACAAUAAUUCAUUCAGUGUAAUUCAUUGGGCAGAGUUAUGUAAUUUAGGAAUAAUACAAAUAUAUGUCAAAUUUUUUAAAUAAAAAAUUGCAAAUUACUUCUAUA